AGUCUGGCCGGGAGCGGAAGCUCCGGCGCGGGGCCGGGCGGGGUCGGAGCGGUCGCGGGCCGCUGCUGCGCGGGCUCCGGGCGGGCCCGGCGGGCAGCGGGAAGGCGGGCGCGCGCCGCGGUGGUGGACGGCGCUCGGUCGGACUCCCCGGCCCCGCGGCCAUGAACCUGGAGCGGCUGCGGAAGCGAGUCCGGCAGUACCUGGACCAGCAACAGUAUCAAAGUGCUCUAUUUUGGGCAGAUAAAGUAGCUUCACUCUCUCAUGAGGAACCCCAGGAUAUUUAUUGGUUGGCUCAGUGUCUUUACCUAACAGCGCAAUAUCAUAGAGCAGCUCAUGCACUUCGGUCACGAAAACUGGAUAAACUGUAUGAAGCUUGUCGCUACCUUGCAGCUAGAUGCCAUUAUGCUGCGAGAGAGCAUCAGCAGGCUCUUGACAUUCUUGACAUGGAGGAGCCAAUCAACAAAAGGUUAUUUGAAAAAUACUUGAAGGACGAAAGUGGCUUGAAAGACCCCUCCAGUGACUGGGAAAUGUCACAGUCUUCGAUAAAGAGUUCUAUUUGUCUCCUACGAGGGAAGAUCUAUGAUGCCCUGGACAACCGAGCCCUGGCUACCUGUAGCUACAAAGAAGCUUUGAAGCUCGAUGCCUACUGUUUUGAAGCAUUUGAUCUUUUAACAUCACAUCACAUGUUGACAGCCCAAGAAGAAAAAGAACUUCUUGAGUCACUACCUCUUAGCAAGCUCUGUACCGAAGAACAGGAAUUGCUACGCUUUCUCUUUGAGAACAAAUUAAAAAAGUAUAAUAAACCUAGUGAAACUGUCCUCCCCGAGUCUGUAGAUGGUUUGCAAGAGAAUCUGGAUGUGGUAGUGUCUUUAGCUGAAAGACAUUAUUAUAACUGUGAUUUUAAAAUGUGCUACAAGCUUACUUCUGUAGUAAUGGAGAAAGAUCCUUUCCAUGCAAACUGUUUGCCUGUACAUAUAGGAACACUUGUGGAGCUGAAUAAAGCGAAUGAACUUUUCUAUCUUUCUCAUAAGUUGGUGGAUCUGUAUCCUAGUAAUCCUGUGUCUUGGUUUGCAGUGGGAUGCUAUUAUCUUAUGGUUGGUCAUAAAAAUGAACAUGCCAGAAGAUAUCUCAGCAAAGCGACAACACUUGAGAAGACUUACGGGCCUGCGUGGGUAGCGUACGGGCACUCGUUUGCGGUGGAGAGUGAGCACGACCAGGCCAUGGCCGCCUACUUCACGGCCGCACAGCUGAUGAAAGGGUGUCAUUUGCCAAUGCUGUACAUCGGAUUAGAGUAUGGAUUGACCAAUAACUCAAAAUUGGCUGAAAGAUUCUUUGGCCAAGCGCUAAGCAUUGCACCAGAAGACCCAUUUGUUAUGCAUGAGGUUGGCGUGGUGGCAUUUCAGAAUGGAGAAUGGAAAACAGCAGAAAAAUGGUUUCUUGAUGCUUUGGAAAAAAUUAAAGCAAUUGGAAAUGAGGUUACGGUUGACAAAUGGGAACCUUUGUUGAACAACUUGGGGCACGUCUGCAGGAAGCUUAAAAAAUACGCCGAGGCCUUGGAUUACCACCGUCAGGCACUGGUGUUAAUUCCCCAGAAUGCGUCCACCUAUUCUGCCAUUGGGUAUAUCCACAGUCUGAUGGGCAACUUUGAAAAUGCUGUUGACUAUUUCCACACGGCCCUUGGUCUUAGGCGAGAUGAUACAUUUUCUGUCACGAUGCUUGGUCAUUGCAUUGAGAUGUACAUUGGUGAUUCUGAAGCUUACAUUGGAGCAGACAUUAAAGACAAGUUAAAAUGUUAUGACUUUGAUGUGCAUACAAUGAAGACACUAAAAAACAUUAUUUCACCUCCGUGGGAUUUCAGGGAAUUUGAAGUAGAGAAACAGACUACAGAAGAAACAGGGCUUGCACCACUAGAAACCUCAAGGAAAACUCCAGAUCCCAGACCUUCAUUGGAAGAAACCUUCGAAAUUGAAAUGAAUGAAAGUGACAUGAUGCUGGAGACCUCUAUGUCAGACCACAGCGCAUGAUUGCAGACAGUUCUCAGCUCCUGUCCUCCUGCGGGAGGUCAGGGUUUCCUUACAUCCUUGUACCGUCUUCAGAAUUCCCCAUUUCUUGGCACGAAUACAGACUCCCCUCUCCAUUUAGGAAUGGAGACCUGCCGGAAGAGACCACACCAGACACCUUUGCAGCAUAUGUUUUCUGAUCCUACAAAACAGUUCUGUGUAGAGAAAUAAAGAG